GUGCUGCGCGAGGUGACCGAGGAUGUGACUUCCUUGGCCGGCGGUGACCCGCGGACGAUGCUCGCCCUCCUGGGCGCGACGACCCUGGUGCUGGUCGCUGCGGUGCGAUGGAUGUUGCCCGCAGCCGCAGGAGGAACAAAUCUAAAAUCUCCUCAAAAUGUAGAGGUCUACAUCGUUGAUGAUACCUUUAUCCUGAGGUGGAACAGGAGCGAUCCGUCUGUCAAGAAUGUGACUUUUUCAGCAGAUUAUCAAACACUUAAAAAUGAUACUUGGGUAAAAUUGCCUGGCUGUCAGUCUAUCGCCAGUACCAAAUGCAACUUUUCUUCAGUCAAGCUCAAUGUUUAUGAAGAAAUUAAAUUGCGGAUAAGAGCAGAGGAGGACAGCAACACUUCUCCGUGGCAUUAUGUUGAUUCAUUCACCCUAUUUGAAAAAGCUCAAAUUGGUCCCCCAAAAGUACAUUUAGAAGCUGAAGAUAAGGCAAUAAUAAUAAACAUCUCCCCACCUGGAACAAAAGAUCAUGGCAUGUGGGCUCUGGAUAGCUCAAGCUUCACCUACAGCUUAGAUAUCUGGAAAAACUCUUCAAGUGGAGAAAGAAGGACUAAAACUGUUUACCCCAGAGAUAAAAUUUAUAAACUCUCACCAGAGACCACUUAUUGCUUAAAAGUUAAAGCAAGACUUCUGCCGAGAAAAACUGGUGUCUAUAGUCCCGUGUAUUGUAUAAAGACCACAGUUGAAAAUAAACUGCCUCCACCAGAAAAUAUUCAAGUUGAUGCUAAAAAUCACAUCUAUGUUCUUAAAUGGGAUUAUACAUAUGAAAAUGUGACUUUUCAAGCUCAGUGGCUCCAUGCCUAUUUAAAAAAGAUUCCUGGGGACAAUUCAGGUAAAUGGAAACAAAUACCAAACUGUGAAAAUGUCCAAACUACACAGUGUGUCUUUCCCAAAAAUACUUUCCGAAAAGGAAUUUACCUUAUCCGUGUUCGAGCAUCGGAUGGAAAUACCACAUCUGUUUGGUCUGAUGAAAAAAAAUUUGAUACUCAAUUACAAAUUACCCUGUUUCCUCCAGUCAUUAUCAUGAAAUCCAUUAACGAUGUUUCCCUGCGGGUCUAUAUCAGCGCUCCAGAAGAGUCUGAAAGCAAGCCUGUGAACCAUCAUUACCCACUAAUUUAUGAAAUUGUAUUUUGGGAAAACACUUCAAAUGCUGAGAGAAAAAUUCGAGAGAAUAGAACGGAUUUUACUUUUCCUAAAUUAAAACCACUGACUGUAUACUGUAUCAAAGCCAGAGUGCUCAUUCAGGAAGAAAAGUGGAAUAAAAGCAGUGUUUUUAGCGAUAUUGUGUGUGAGAAAACAAAACCAGGAAAUACUUCCAAAACCUGGCUCAUAGCUGGAGUUUGUGCUGCAUUGUUUUCCAUCCCGGUUGUCAUCUAUGUCAUGAAACUUCUCUUUAGAUGUAUCAGUUAUGUGUUCUUUCCAUCAAGUAAACCUCCUUCCACUAUAGAUGAGUAUUUCUCUGAGCAACCGCUCCGGAAUCUCCUCCUUCUCACUUCCGAGGAACAAACGGAAAGAUGUUUUAUAAUUGAAAACACAAACACUAUCACGGCAGUAGAAGAAACUAACCAAACCGAUGGAGAGCACAAAAAAUAUAAUUCCCAAACCAGUCAAGAUUCGGGAAACUAUUCUAAUGAAGAUGAAAGCAGUGGAAGCAAAUUCAGCGAAGAAUUCCUGCACCAGGAAACCGAGUGACCAGAAGCGAGCUCUAGAACACUCGGGAGUCCUGUGGGAGCCGCGCUCGAAGCCUGGGUUCUCGCUUCGCCCUGUAACUAUGCAGAGGAUCCCGGCUUGUUGGGGAGGGAAAACGUCUUGGGUCACUGGUCUGAAAAUGCAGGCAAGUACUUGUCCGUGGGACAGAAGUUCUCUCUAUUCUUUUCUGUGCGCAGACCCUUGAAAGACCUGUCACUGGACCUGCCUGAUGAAAUGAGUGAAAUCCAGAAAAUGUUCUCUGUGUCUCUGAUGACAUCUCAAGUGCUGUGCUAACAGCCAUGUGACGAAGCACAGGGUCACUGUGUUCCUAUCGGCUGACACCGUCACCGAGAGCCUGUGGCUGUCCGUGUCGCCGACUCGUCCUCCAUUCUCAGUGUUACAGUUCAGGAUUUUUCAGGAGGUAUUUAGACACUUUGGACACCGAAGUGUAGAAAGAAAUUUCUCGAGAAAAGCCGGAUACCAUUACCACUGGUUCUCUAUAAAAUAGCUUACCCUAGAAAACGUCUGCAGGUGCCAGAAAUGUGAUCCUUACAAUUUUCAGGGGAACCCUGUCCACGUGUCCCCAAAACCUUGGCUCCUACAUCACAGUCACCUCUCCCUUCUGUGGUUUAGGAUUCAAGCCAGGUCAUCUUUUCCUAUACAUUAAUACUUCCUAACUCCCAACCUAAUCCCCAACCUAGUAGAACAGUAGCUUCUGAUUCGAAUUUGCAGUCAGUGAAGUGAUAGAGAAAGGGACAACUGUCUAAUCAGAGAAGUUAUUAUGAUAUUUUAAGAUAAGGGAGUAUGUAGAGGUUAGUCACAGUGUAUGCAGGAAGCCUUGGGACCAGAAAAUGCUCCUGAUAGAACAGACAGAGUAAGAAGUAGAAUCAUUCAGUAGGAGAAAAGCAGGUGACUUCCGUGAAAAAUAAGAGUAAUGCGUCUAAUCAGCUUUUAAUUAUUAAAUUAACUGUGGGGUUGCUCA